AAUGGUCGACAAAAAAGGAAGAGACGAAUUAGCGAGCAAGCGCAGAAGAUUAUACGGAAUGCAGAAGUUAAGACUGUCAGCGCGGAGUUCAAGGAGCAAAAUGAUAUUUAAAUGUUAACCAUAAAAAACGUCUUGUUUUGGAGAGGUGUUGAGUUGAUGUUUUAUUAGUGACGAACACGUUUCCACACACAAAACUGAUUCUAUGAGUGGCGCUUAGCAAAGUGAAAAUUAAGUUGUGAUCAAUCAAUUAUGUGUAACAGCGGGUGGUACCCGGACUCUAAGGGAGGCGCAGAUCGUCUGACAGCUUCUCAUUUAGUCAUCGAUGCUCAGUUAACUGCAUGCCAACCCCCGCUGUUACCACUUCAGAGAGCUUUCUGCGACGAUCGACAACUAGAACUCAACUAUAAGUAUAAGUAAUAAUGAUCAAGACAUCGAUAAUUGCAGCAACUUACAAAUUGAUCCUCGCGCACGGCUUCGGAUGGCUAGUGUUAAUGGGCCCGGUACAUAACAUUGGUGUUAUUUUAUGAGCUUAUAAUUGUUCACUGAUUGAGUGUGGUCGGUAGAAGUGAGUGAGUACGCUGAGCUGCUAAGAGAUUACAUAAAUUUGCAUAAGCCGACAACUGCCAUCUUUCAUCUUCCCGUGUCUGUGUUUGUGUAUGUGUGUAUGUGACCAGCGAGAUCUGAUGCAAAUCGAAGAAGAGCGGCUUGAAGAUUCAGAGUAGUUAUCUAUACCAAUCCUCUGGUCUGUGAAACGGCGAUCACGGUGGCAGCGACGGCAAAAGGCACUUAUGGAUUUUCCAGCUUCGCCCAAGGAUGAUUGAUGAAAGUCAUAAUAACCAACCGCAUGCUAUCAACCAAUUAUCAUGAUCUGGAUCUUAUUUCAACGGGACAAUGAUCGCACGUGUUGUGGAUUAAAAUGAGAAACGUUCGGCUGAUCAUAUGUUUGAUACUAAUGUUUAUCGAAAUAAGACUUGCCGAAAGUUUCACAUCUUCUGUGCUCUGCUCGCGUAUUCCAGGCCUUUCGCCUUAUCAACGACAACUCUGUGUUGAAGCUCCGGAUGCCGUUGUAUCUCUAAGCACCGGUCAAAAACUUGGCGCUCAGGAGUGUCAGCACCAGUUCAGAGGUCAUCGCUGGAAUUGUACACAAGUUUGGAAAAAGGACAUGUUUGGUCACAUAGUAAUAAUUGGCUCUCGAGAGGCAGCAUUCACAUACGGAAUCACAAGCGCCGGGGCUGUCCACGCGAUAACGGCAGCAUGCGCCAAAGGAAACAUCACAAUGUGCGGUUGCGAUUCAAAGCAGAAGAUGCAAUUUUCCACAGAAAGUGAUAGCUGGAAAUGGGGCGGAUGCUCUGCUGAUAUCGGCUUUGGAAUGCGAUUCACAAAGAAGUUCCUGGAUGCACGGGAGAUCGAAAACGAUGAUCGAAGUCUGAUGAAUCUCCACAACAACCGGGUGGGUCGAAAGAUUGUCAAGUUGUUGCUUCGUACGGAGUGCAAAUGCCAUGGUGUGAGUGGAUCAUGCGCCAUGAAGACCUGUUGGAAAAGUUUACCCCCUUUCCACGCAAUCGGUGACAUCAUGAUGAAAAAGUACCGUAAGGCGAAAAUGGUCCAGGCCACUCCGGUAGUAAUGGCUAUGACGUCGACAGGAAAAAUCAACAACGGGCAGCUGCAGUUGGUUCUGAGAAGGAGAGGCAAACUGCUGCAACACACCAGUGUUAAUAGCCAAAAACCAAAGAGAAUGGAAUUGGUUUAUUUACAACAUUCACCUAACUAUUGCGACCGGGACAUAGCAUCUGGUAUAUUGGGGACGGUUGGGCGCCAAUGUAAUCGGACGUCAACUUCAAUGGACAAAUGUGAUCUGCUUUGCUGCGGACGAGGCUACAAUACGCACCAGAUUGUGAAAAGCUGGCAAUGCAAUUGCAAGUUCAAAUGGUGUUGCACCGUAAACUGCGACAUUUGUACCGAGCGAACCGAGGAGUACACGUGUAAAUAAAGUGCCAAAUGAUUAACUGAAUUUAUUGUACAUAAUCUGAGCAAACACAAUUUUAGGCUUUACUUUAGAUGUGCUUUCUGUCUUAGACAAGAAUCAGUAUUAUUAGUAUUUUGAAUAAAUUUAUUUAUAAUAAAUCCA